AAAAACAGUGAAACUGGUAAAUUGCUCUAGAAAAACCUGGAAACAAGAUGUUGCAUUGAAGACUGGUAACUUAAUUAUAUUUUAAAGGAGAAGAUUUUUAUUCCAUGAGAAAUAAAGCUCUUCAUUCAUUUCGGAGUAAAAAGAUUCAUCAAAUUAUAUUUUUUUACGCAUGAUGAAAAGGAAUUAGUUUGGUGAAAUGUUUUUAAUUUACAAACGUCGCUGUCGAUCGUCGGUUCCAUUUUUUGCCACUGUUAUCAUCUAUACAUUUUUCCAUUUCUUGCCUCCUAAUUCUUUGAAUUCUGAAAUUCAUCUCUACAAUUUGAUGGAAGAGACAUUUGGGGAGCAUUGGUCAACUGAGCUAUCCUCGCAUAAUUCUUUCUGUACUGUCGAAAUGGCCAAUGAAAACCGUUUACAACAGGAUCACCCUUGCGUUAUUGAACUUAUCAGAAGAUUGUUCUUGUACCUGCCAUCCCCAAAAGAGAAUUCUCCUAACCUUAAUUUUCCCGAUGUAUCGGACCCAUCUUCAGGCCAAUCCAAAGUAAUCCUUAAUCACCUAAAAAAUAAAUCUGGAGCUUUUUUUGUUGAGUGUGGGGCAUUAGAUGGUGAAUAUGGCUCUAAUACGCUAUACAUGGAGCGAUACCUGGAGUGGAAAGGAAUACUGAUCGAAGCGAACAGAGAAUUAUUUAAAGAAGUUUUGGCAAAACGACGCCAUGCUUGGUCUUUACCAGUUUGCCUCAGUACGAAACCAUUCCCUACUAAGGUUCAAUUCGAUGCCAAUGACGAAGCAGGGAAGAUUUAUGAACCCAACAAAUUAAAAAAAAAUGCUGAAAAGGAGGACAUAUCAAGCUGGCUUAUUGAAGCACAAUGCUUCCCAUUGUAUUCAAUUUUGCUGGCUGUGGGCCAGACUCGUGUAGAUUAUUUUAGUCUCGACGUAGAAGGAAGUGAAAUUAAUAUCCUCACAAACAUACCCUGGAAGCAUGUUGACAUAAAGACACUGACAGUGGAGAUCACAUCACGAAGCAAACGAGAAAUACAAAAUCUUACAAAAUACAUGAAAAAACAGGGAUACCAAAAUACUGAAUUAAUGGACGGACCUGGAUACUAUGAUUUAGUUUUCAUUAAAAAAAGCUGAUCACAUUAAUACAUUAUUUUAUUGGAAACUGGGAUAAAACCAAAAAACGUAUAACAGAUUUCUUUUAAUUGUAAUAA